GACUUCUCCUCUACUUUACCCCUUCCCCAAGUCGGGUCGCCCUCCUGUCCCUAUACAUAUACGGAUCAUCACCCCUAUCACUCUCAUCUCUUCCAAUUAAUCUUUCGAACUUGUUGUUGCUGGUGUUCUUCGCGACUUGCUCAGAGUAAUGGCUACUGAAGGAGGUAAACCCGUGACACAAACCCCGGCCACGCCUGUUGAUGCUGCUGCGAAAUCUUCAUGCCGGAAGAAGAAGUCUGAAAGUGCCUCUUUUCUAGAGGACGUGAAAGAUCACAUUGACGAGUUCAUUCAUGCUUCGAUGGAUGAACAUAAAACUUGCUUCAAGAAUACUAUUGAGAAGAUGUUUGGAAUGUCCAAGAUUGUUGCAAAAAGGAAUGCUGCUGAGGCGAAGGAGGUCGAAAGUGCACUUCCACUCCAGACAGCUGUAUCUAAGUAGUAUCUUCAAGAGCUGCAAAUGGAAAAGGAAGUCUAGAAUAACAUCCCCCCCCUUUCCUUUCUGUAUUGUGAAGAGUUUUGACUCGAGUGGUAUGUGACUUUGGUGUUAAUCCAGUUCUUGUUCUUCAUAUGGUUUGCACGCGUCGUGGGAAAGACAAACUGCUUUGUUCAUUGUAGCUUUGGGUUGUUUCACUUGUUUGUAUGGUCUCUUCUUCUGGUUAUGAUCACGGGAAUUUGGUACAUAGAAACUUUAAUGGUAGAAAUUAUAGUAGCCAGUAGUCAAUUUCCCCACCUCUCUUCAACAAAAGCCUUCAUGUUUU